ACAGAAGAAGUUUGCGACGUUUGCUGUCGUAAACAAAGUCAAGAUGUCUGAACGGCCAGCUUAUGGUUUAGCCUGAAACACAACCGCUUAGUUUGGUUUUUGAUUUACUUUUGCUUAUGUUUAGUUUGGCGACUUGGACAUUGUAUUAGAUGGAGACCAAUAACUUAGCAUGAAACUCCGGGUGCAGAAUGACAGUUGUGUGUUUUAUGUCAAAGGAGUGAUUCCAGAAGAGCACUGAAACUGAGGGAGUCUGCUGCUGUAAUGCAGCCUGAUGCAAGUGAGCACGGCGCUCAUACAGGAAAUGGUUUGUCCCUAACUCUGCAACCAGAACUUACCAGGACACCGGUCCCAGGUGCUGCGGCUGCUGCUGCAAACCCAGAUUGCAAUGAGGUGCGAGUAACCAUGACCAGCAAGCCUGGGGAGUCCACUGGAGGAGCAUCAUCCAGGAGGUCCAGAGUCAACUCACACAGCCACUCCCAUUCUCAGCCACACGUACACAACCGGGUGCCGCACCACUCGAAUUCUGAGGCUGAGCUUGACCCGCCUGACUCCGAUCUGGAUUCUGGAGAACCCAGUUCCUCCUUGUCUGAGCUUCGCUGUCUCUUCCGCUGGCUUCAAAAGAGUCUUCCUUUCCUUGUCAUUGUGUGCGCCAAGCUAGUCAUCCAACAUGCUCUUGGUCUAGCAGUUGGGGUUGGCCUCUUCACAACUUUUUUAUAUGUGAAUAAAAACAUUCAAACUCAAGUCUUUCUUCAGGAUCGUCACUCGAAGCUGCAGUGUGUUUGGCUGCUACUGUUCCUGAUCUCUUCCACCCUCCUGCUUUACUACACCUUUCUCACUGAGACAAUUCACUAUUGCCUCAUCUUCCUCAGCCCAGCCAUUGAGCCGCUGGGUUUCUGGGAGGUUCCCUGGGCUGUCGGCAUCACAAACUUCAUAAUAAAGUUUCUCUUUAUGGGGAUUAAGUGCCUUAUUCUGCUGCUGCCAUCCUCACUGGUGACAUACAGAACCCAGGGGCGGUGGGUGAUGCUGACUGAGGAGCUGGGUCAGGUCCACCAGGCCAUGGCUCCAGUCCCACUUUGGUUCCGCUACCUGGUCACGUACCAGGAGGUUGAUGGCACCCCUGGACUCACACUGGGGGUCCUGCUGGCUUUGCUCUACCUCAUACUGAAGCUUUUAGGAUUGUACGGACAAUGGACGUCUUUACUGAAAACCAUGAGGAUAUUUGUAAAGGGCGAGCAUACAGGCUCAGCAGCCACUAGGAGUCAGUGCAGCGAGGCUGGAGACGUCUGUCCCAUCUGUCAGGGAGAGUACAGGGAGCCUCGGGUUCUACUCUGUCAGCACAUAUUCUGUGACGAAUGCAUCGCUCUGUGGUUUAACCGGGAGAAGAGCUGCCCUCUCUGCCGCACCGUGAUCACAGAGAAGGUUUACAAGUGGAGGGAUGGAGCCACAUCUCCACACCUGCAGAUUUAUUGAUCGAUAAGGGGCUUUUGGGUGAAGGGCAUUGGUAUUAGCUUGUAUUUAAUGUGAUUUUCUGCAGCUGUCGAACCCCACUGACAAAUAAUGUUAUACACACUGUUUCAUGAAGCAUCUGAGGGCUGUGCCCCCUGCAGGCUGAGAGGUCAGUAAGGACACGCAUAUUGCACCUACAGUAGGCAUCUUUCUGGAUAUUUACCUGCACAUACCUACAUGCCAUACUCAGACAAGAGAAAGUUGAUCAUGUCAUGCCCUCAAGUGAUUUUUCCAUUUUAAGUUGUUUCCUUUUGUUUCUUUUAUUUACCUUUAAUCUUGGUAUAAACUUUCCUGAUUGGGCAGCAAAUUGUUCUACUUCCACAGUUUCCACUACUUGUAAAUAUGGAAACAUCAGAGAAAUAUAUAUUAAAUAAGUAUUUUAAACCGUUUUUCCUCCAUCACAUUUCAACAAACAUGCAACGUACAAAAACCCUCUCUUAUCCAGUGUUUCUAUAUUUUUUUGGAAGUGAUUUCUUAUUUGUAAUAAUCAACAGCUCAAGAGUGCUUGCUGGAUUCUGCUUUAGCUGCACCUUUGAGCUUAAACAGGACUUUAAAGGCUUUUAGGAAGCCCGGUACAUAAUACCAUCAAAUGGUCCAGUAGUGACCAGACCUUUGCCUGCAUGCAUCCAUGGCAGGCUAAAUAAUAACUUUAUGUGAUGGAUAAACAGUUUGGCUUUUGGUUACUAUUUCUUUUCAUCGUCUGAUAAAAAGGAUGCAACUGAGCGUGUGAGAUUAAUUCACACACAAAUUAUUUUUCUAUAGAGGCGACAUCGCCUUGUUUUUGUAAAAACCAAAGAGUGGGAGAAACAUCUAUUUUAUUAUGUACAAAAAUAAUUUCACUGUUAUUUUUAAUCCAUUUAAAUGCAUAAACUAUCUGAAUAAAGAUCUUCC